AUGUACGCUCUGCAAACAAAAACAAAGGCUGCGCUGGGUAUCAAGACCACAGCAGCACCGCACAACCCGCCGCCAUGGGAAUUUCCUCCGGCGCACCACGCUCCGCAGCGCAACCCGUCUGCCGAUAGCGAAUUCGACUUUCAACCAAAGCCUCUUCCAAGAGUCAGCACUAUGCACUCGCGCUACGUGCAAAUGCUGCUAGAGGUUGAUACCAUCCCGAAGCUACACACAGUGCUGGCCUCUUUCUUCGUCUGGCUCUUGCUGGCGGGCUUCCUGGUGUUUCCUGGUACCUUUACGACUAUUUCAAAAAGCAUCGAAGCCAACCAUGGCAAGGAUGACUGGGCCGACAAAACUGCCGAGUCGAUUUAUAAGAGCGUCAAGAAUAUUCCGCUCUUGGUCAUUGGCGCCUUGAUUUGUGCCGCGUCACUUCUGGGCAUGACCUUCCUGGCCUUCUUGCAUAUGAAGAACUAUGUCUGGCUUCUGAACAAGCUUCUGGUCCCCGGCAUGGCCAACUGCCUUGCAGGUUUAAUCUCGACACUUGUCGGCGUGUACUCUCAACAGAACGGUGUCUGGAGCGCCACGGCCAAGGUGACUGCUAUUGUCGAGGGUGUCUGCUUGGCCAUUUGCGGCGGCAUUUGGUUCUUUGUCGACCACUAUCUUCUCGAAAAAGUCAAGGAGAUCCAUAGCUCGCACUACAAUAAUUGGUCAAAGGACACAAGCGAAGAGCUGGGUAUGCCGAAGCAUUUUUGA